AUGUCUUCAGAUCUUUGUCCCGUUUACGCGCCGUUUUUCGGUGUUUUAGGCUGCGCUUGCGCCAUCGUCUUCACAUGCCUUGGUGCUGCCUAUGGAACUGCCAAAUCCGGUGUUGGUGUCUGCGCGACCUCCGUCCUGCGACCUGACCUGAUGGUCAAAAACAUCGUUCCCAUUGUCAUGGCUGGUAUCAUUGCUAUUUACGGAUUGGUCGUGGCAGUGCUUAUUGCCAAUGAUCUAAAACCCCAUAUCUCGCUUUUUACUGGAUUCAUUCAACUGGGCGCUGGAUUGUCCGUUGGGCUGUCCGGUUUGGCUGCUGGUUUUGCGAUUGGAAUUGUUGGAGAUGCGGGUAUCAGAGGAACAGCUCAACAAAGCCGACUUUUCGUCGCGAUGAUCUUGAUUCUCAUUUUCGCUGAAGUGUUGGGUCUGUACGGCCUUAUCGUGGCUCUCCUGAUGAACUCACACUCCAAGCUUGAUGCCGGGUGUUAA